UUUUUAACGUGGCCGAGUUGGGCCGGCCUGAUUGCAACUCCUUUGGCAGAUCCCGGCCCAUCUCGCGUCUUGCGAACCAUAUAAGAGUUGAAACUGAAUCCGACCGGGUGGUCCAAGUCUUUCUCAACUGUCAAGACUCAAGAAGGUGAAAGCAGGAGCUAUGGCUUCUACGUCGCCGUCUCCACCUCCUAAAAUCCUCCUAGCUAAGCCUUCUGCAAUCGCCACCGCUGGUCCCGUCCUCGGAAAUUUCGGCCGCCAAACUCCCGCUGCCGAUGAUGAACCUCUUCCGCAUCCUCGCUCACGUUUACCUGCUCUCAAUCUACUUCCCGAUUCAUGGGACUUUCACUUCGAGCGAUUCCUCCCUUUCCUGACGGAGAACACUGAUUUCACAGUGGUUGGAGUGAUUGGACCCCCUGGUGUUGGGAAAUCGACCAUUAUGAACGAGCUUUAUGGCUUCGAUGGAACUUCACCCGGAAUGCUGCCACCAUUCAAUGUACAAUCAGAGGAAAAUAGGGUAACGGCAAGGCAUUGUACUGUAGGAAUUGAACCUAGGAUAUCUUCUGAGCGGCUUAUACUUCUUGAUACACAGCCUGUAUUUAGUCCAUCUAUCUUAGCUGAGAUGAUGAGACCAGAUGGUUCGCCCACGAUACCCGUUUUAAAUGGUGGUGAGAAUCUCUCUGCCGAGUUGGCACAUGAAGUUAUGUGCAUCCAGCUUGGUGUGCUGCUGGCAUCCAUUUGUCAUGUUGUACUGGUGAUAUCGGAUGGCACGCAUGAUGACAGUAUGUGGCAUUUGAUGUCAACGGUGGACCUGAUGAAACAUGGCAUACCUGAUCCAUCUUCGCUAACCUCCACGAGCAGUGUCUCGGGAACAGAAAGAGACAACAAAGACAAAAGCUUUGAGGAAAACUACAUAGCUACUCCUGUGUUUGUGCACACAAAAUUACAAGAUGAAAAUUGCACUCCACAGUAUUACUCGCAACUGAGGGAGGCAUUAACACGAUAUUUUGGAUCCUCUUCAUUCACAAAAAAGAAAUCUGGAAGCGUGCCAAAAGAGCAGACCUUCUCCGACACUUCAAAUUCCAAGGAUAGCAGCAUGCUGCUAAAUUUACAUUUGAUCCCUUCCAGGACCAAAAAUGAAUCUCCAAGAGCUCAGUAUGAAAGUCACCUUUCUGUUCUAUGGAAAUUGCGAGAUAAGGUGUUAUCCAUGAACUGUCCAUCGUUUGCAAGGCCAGUCUCAGAGAGGGACUGGUUAAAGAAUUCAGCGAAGAUAUGGGAGUUAGUGAAGAGUUCUGGUGUUAUUACAGAGUACAGUCGAAUGCUUCAAGGCUCAGGGAUGUUCAGAAGUAGAUGAACUGCUAACAGAUUAUGGUGGCUGAUUGUAAAGCUUGCCAGACAUUUGGUUGGAUGUAUUUCACAGAUUGCACUGUAAUCGCAUGUACUCGUUUAUCGUCGAUGUUUCUGAUGUACUGUAUUUAAAAUGCACAGAUGACGCUAUAUUAAAUACAGAAGCUAGCAAGAUAUACUAAACCAAUCACUAACCUAUAUUAAAAUUUCUUUUGAUGCCUAGCAAUCAUUCUGGCGUUCGUGGUGCGAUGUCAGUGUGCAAGACUUCAGAUUCCGACGCCAGCAAAGUAGCAGGAGCAUGCCCUCUGUCUCUUCCUCUGCUUCUAACAAAUACUCUUCUCUUCAUUGCCCCGGUCCUCCGCUUCUCCUUCUGGAGGCGGUCACCAUUCUUCUUCCUCAACUUUUCAAGCUUCUCUUUCCUGCCCUCCACAUCAGCUUUGAUGGCAUUCUCUCUUUUCUCACCAGACAGCAGAGCCAACUUGGCGAAUUUCUUGGGCCUAACAACCCCAAGUUUCUCGGUGAUCUCCUUGAAAGCAGGAACCAGGCCGGACCUCAUGAAACAACCUUCAACGAGGCGCAUCGAGUUGGAAUCUGGGAGGGUUGGUGAGUUCUUCAGCUCUAGGUCGAGGCAAAAUGGGGAGUCCUUCAACCACAUUCUCAGGGAGUGAGCCUUAGCAACCAGAAGACCACUCCGUGUCUUGCAAGGAAGGAAUGGCGACCCCAUCUCCCACAAAUACGCCUUCACUGUGCUGCUGAGUGACACCAUGUUGUACUCGGCUGUUCCGGUUAUUAGUACCACUGAUUUGGGAGACUCGGGGUAACCUUGCAGAGAUGCGUCCUGCCACCAUUUAUGCACAAGUGGAAGAAUAAAAAGGUAAAAAUUGUCAGGGACACAAACGAUCAUCCAGUGUCAUCUACUAAAAGCAUUGGGAUUGGAUAACUACUUGCCUGCAUAUGAUCCAGCCACAAGGUGAGACCAACUAGAGCUGCGCCCCCUGAUAACUUCCGGAAAUCAGCUCCCCAGUCUUUGUCAGCCACCCUGAACACAUCAUGGGGAUAGAUACCCCUCUUGACCGCCAACUGAAAAACCCACGACGCAGUGGCUCGAAGUUCAAAUGCCCACAACAAAUCCUCCAAUGCAUUUACAAAGUUAAAGGCCGCAUUAUCUUCCAUCGGUCCUAGCAUCUCAAGACAAUUGUCCACUGCUGGAACUAGUGAUUCUGAAUUUUCAGUCAGAAACCUGAUUGGAAGAUCAAACCCAGCAGCUCCCAGAGCAUGUAAAAGCUUAAUAGCUUCAUUACUCUGCUGGGCCAAACUUGCACCCCUGAUAAAGCAUGUCCAUAUUCUAUGAUCUGCUUCAAAACCAUCUUUCUUCAUCUCCUCAAGUUUUUUUAUCCCAUCAUUAUACUCUCCUUUCCUAAAAUAAGCGUCGAUGACAGAGGCGUAUGGCAGUGUGCUGAGGUCCACGCCUGUUUGUUUCAAAUUGUCGAGAACUUUGUCAGCUUCCUGAGGAUGGCCUGAGCCACCAUAUGACACCAUAAGCAAGUGCAUUGUAGAAACAUUGGGUUCUAUUCCAGCAUCUUUCAUAGUGCUCAACAGUGCCUCAGCUUUUCCAUGGUUUCCUGAAUUCCUAUAUAUCUUCAUCAUUGAAUGGUAGAAAAACCGAUCAAGUUUAUAUCCUUUUGCCACUAAAUCGCCGAAUAGUCCCUCAGCUUGCUGUACCAAUUGCAUCCUACCAAACGCAGUGAGCAAACUUUUGUAGGUACCCAACCAAGGCUCCAGUCCUAACCCUAUCAUUUCACUUAUCAACAAUGAACCUUCCUCUGGCCGACAUUCUCUGCAGUACAUUACGACCAAUGUGUUGUAAGUCUCCUCAUCUGGAUUAAGUCCAUCAUUUUUAAUCUGCUGAUAUAUUUGAGUUGUCUUUCUGAAAUCAUUAGUUCCAGCAUAUAACUUGAGCAUUGAAUUCCAUAUCGAAAGAUCAGGCUUGAAACCUGCUUCUUUCAUUUCAGAAACCAUAACUUCAGCAUCCCUUACCCUUUUCCCUCGGCAUAACAAUUCAAUCAUCACCCUGUAAAGAUGCAUGCUAGGGAAAUAACCAGCAGCCUUCAUUCCUUGAUAUAUUUUCUUCACUUCGAAAAUGUUCCCACUCCUAGCAAAUGCGUCAAUCAUCAAAAGAAUAGAGCUCUUGCUUAUUUUGAAACCCAUGUCUUGCAUCUCCUGGAUGACCACAUAAAGCUCAUCCAGUCUCUCAUCAACAAUCAGAGCCUGUAAAAGGCCAUUAAUGGAGUCUACCGUAGGAGAAGGGCCAUCCCUCAUCAUUGUGUUGAAGACCGCCCUUGCUCGUUCGUAGCAUCCACUUUCCGCGUAAGCAGCUAUCAAGGAAUUCCAGAUCUUCCUGUCUAGAACUGCACUUGUUUGUCUUACAUUCCCUACUAACCUUUCUGCUUUCUGCCAAAGCUUUGACUUACCAUAGGAUUUUAUAAUUUCUACAUAAAUAGAGGUCUUGUGCAGCAGCAAACCUUUAAUUUCUGCCAAAUCGAUCAAAUGUUGUGCUGUCUCAGGGAAGCCAAUUUUACAAUACAAGAGUAUCAUACAUUCGAAGGUAGAGUCAGGGAUAGUGCAACAGUUGGCUCUCAUGUCAGAAAAUAUCUGACCGGCUUCACCAAAUAGAUUGUUUUCUUCACAGCAUUCAAUUAAGCACUCGAAAACCACAGAACUUACUGAAGGCCCUCCUCCAAACUGUUGCAAAUCACUGUAUUCCUUGAGAGCAGCUUCCAUUUGCUUAGCCUUGCACAGCACGACAACGGAAGCUUCUGUUAUUAACUGUUUGGACGUAGAAGCAUGUUUCUUCAAGAAAUCAAGCAAAUCAACUGCUUCAGCAAGUCUUCCAGAUGAACUGUAGGAACUCAAUAUAGAUAAAAGAUCCUCCUGAUCAACGUCAGAGCCAUUGACAAUGGCUCGCCUCAGCGUUUCUGAACCCUCUUCAUAGCAUCCCCCCUUGACAAGAAGAGAAGAUAUGGUAUCCAAGUCCAGACCACACACAUGUUCUAGAUCUCUGACCACGCUUUUAAUGUCUUCUGCUCUUUUUUUAUUUUGAAGAGAUCGAAACAUUACUUCAUAGAGGGUACAAUCUGGGGAAACACCAUCACGGACCAUUUCUCUAUACAACACCAUUGCCUUGUCGGUGUUGUUAGAUCUAAGGAAGAUAUCCAACAUCACAGAGUAUGCUAGUUGAUCAGGUCUAAUUCCAGACCGAACCAUGCAGUUAAAAGUUUCUUCAGCUUUAGUUUGAUUCCCUACCUUGGCAUACCCACAGAUUAAUGCACUGUAAGUUGUAAGAGUGGGUUUAACUUGAGCAUCCAACAUCUCAGACAUCACGCCAGCAGCUUCUUCAAUCUUGCUGGCUUUUCCAAGUGAAUCAAUCAACACAGUGUAUGUAACAGCAUCAGGAUUCCGACCAGCUGAUUUCAUGUCUCUGUAAAUGCGUAAUGCAAGGUCAUGCUGACCACGCUUCCCAUACAUAUGGAUAAUGGUGUUAUAGGUCAUCUCGUCCAUGUGGAACCCCAUUUUGACCAUUUCAUCACAAACCGAAUUCACCUUGGCCUCAUUCCCUUCUCUGGCGAAAGCAUACAACAAGGAGUUGUAGGUGACGGCAUCAGGGGAGAACCCUUUACCCUCCAACUCCUUAAAAAGCUGCUCGGCUUUGGAAGCUUGCCCACAUCUGCCGUAGACUGAGAUCAUGGCAUUGUAGGUCCAGAGGUCAGGUUGACAAGCACGUGAUUCCAUAUGGCGGAAAACCUUCACAGCCUCGUCCAGGUGGGAAUGGCGGGAGCAAGCGGUGAUGAGGGUGUUGUAGGUGAUGGUGUCGGGGCUAAUCCCAGACCUGGUCACCUCGUCCAAGAGCUGAAUGGGGAGGUUGGGGGUGAAAGGACCAGCUUUGAGGCGAGCAUUGAUGAGGGUGUUGAAGCUGACAAGGUCAGGUUGGCAGCCUCGUUGACGCAUUGUUUCAAGCAGUUGGUGGACGUUCUGGAAAGCGCCGGAGCGGGCAUAGACACCCAUCAUGGCGUUGUAGACUUGGACGGUGUCUCCGGAGGAGGGAUCGGCGGUGGCUCUGGUGAACAAUUCGAGAGCCAGGGCUUCCUGGUUGGCCUUUCCGAGGACCGCCAAGAUGGUGGCCAGCAUCCGCGGGUUGGGGGAGUACCAGCGGCGCAAAUUGAGCCACUCGUAGAUCUCCAGAGCGCGGUGCCAGCUGUGGAUGCCGACCCACUUGACGAGGAAGCAGAAGUCAGUCGGGGUCAUCUGAACGCGGCGGUGGUCCAAGACGUCGGCGACGAAUUGGUCGGGACCCAAUUCAAGGAUGGAUUGGGUUAAGGUACGGACCCUCUGCCUCCAAUCUUUGGCUCUUUUGAGCGCCAGUUUAUUCAUCUUCUUGACCUUGUUCCGUGAAGGAUUGGCGGCCGACGGCGAAUGUUCAUCGGAGAAGAGAGAUUGGGAGGAAGGAUUGGAAGCGGCAGUGUCCUCUUCUACUUCUAACUCCUCUUCGUAGUCGCUGUCAUCGUGAAUUUGAAGCGGAGCAGGAGGAGCGGACGUUGGUGGAGGAAGAAAGGGUGUAGAGAGAGGGAGUUGAAGGUGAGGCCAUCGGACGGAAGGGGAAGCUCUAGAGUAGGUGAAACUGCGAGGAGGGAGGCUGUCUGGUUCUGAAUCCAGAGAGGCCGGAGGAGGAGGAGAAGAAGAAGGAGUAGAAGAGCAACAACACGGAGGGGCGGUGGCGGCGGAGAAGCGGGCAGACGGUGGAGGAGGAGAGGAUGAUGGGAAUUGAAAGGGAAGCAACAUUCCCCUGCUCCCCGCCAUUAUUUUACGACGAGGAUGACGAUAAGAACAGUGGGACUGAGAGAUGAGAGCGGCGGGAAAUUGGGCACUCCAUUGUCGAAUUCAGUUCACUUUACAGCUUCCUUCUAUUGGGAAACUGUGUGAAACGAUAUCCUCCCUCCUGACUGAGAGCACAGCACACGGCAGCUACCUGCCAUUAUCAUUCCUCCUCGUCGGAUAUUUUUCUUUGAUUGAGGCAGGCUUUCUUAC